AUGUAUUAAUUAAGCAUUUCUUAAAUUCAUUUCAAAUCUCUUGUACAGACAUAACUAAUGUAAAUCUCAUUUUAAUGUGGUAUAUGAUUCAAAAUAUUAUAGCUGAUAAAAGAGAGCCUUUAAGAAUAGUAACCACUUAAAAAAUUAUUAAAUAUUCUCCAUCUUGGACUUCUUAAUUUGAUAUAGGAAGAUUUGUAAUAAAUUAAUCGAUCCUUAGCUUUAAAUAUUUAUAGAGAUACAAGAUGAAGAAACUGGAUUCAUUAAAGUUAUUGGAUUAGCAAAAAUAGAAUUAAAUGAUAUUAUGGGAAAAGAAGGCAUUUAUAAAAUUGAUUUGGAAUAAGGUAAUUAAGUAAGUAUAUUUUUGAAAUGCCAAAACUUAAUUGAAUCAAGUAGAAAUUCAGUUUAAAUGCAGUCAUAAAUUUCUUGGACAAAAUCUUUAAGAACUGAGCCUAUUGUAUAAAAAAGAUAGGGAAGCCCUUAACCUUGUCAAACAAAAGUUAGAUAAGAAGUUAAAAAGGUUAAUUUAUAGGAUUUACAAUAAGUUAAAAAUAUUUAAUUGCCAACUUAAAGUAUGCCUAAUUUAUCAGAUAGUAGAAUAAGUUUAUAAAGAGGAAGAGAAAGUUAUAAUAGUAAUUUCACUUAUGCAGGUUAUUCAAUAACAAAUAAAUGUUCAUAAUAUCAAUAAACUGAAAAUUUAGAUAGCACUAUUAAAUUUAAAUAAAUGAUUAAAGAACUUUCAUUAUUAUUAAAUGUUCCAUAAGAUUGUGAUUCUAUUGUUUAUGCUGUUCAAAAAGUAUUGUAGAAUUUUAGAUAAUAAAGUGAGCAAUUAAUUAAAAUUCAAUGCGAUCAUUAAAUAUUAAAAACUGAGUACUAAACAUUACAUCAUUUAAAAAAUCAGAUAGAAACAAAUUAAGAAGAUUUCAAAAUGUAAAUAAAAUAGAAAUUAAAAAAUUAUAAGACUUUGUUUGAAGAGAAUGUUCAAUUAAAAAUGACAUUGAAAGAAGACUUAAAUAAAAUUGUUGAAUUGAAUCUUAAAAUAAAAGAAUUAAAAAAAGAUGACACAAUACUUACAGAAAUUAAUUCGUUAAAUCAAUAAAUUAAAUACAUAAAUUAAAGUGUUCAACAAAAUUAACAAGAUUUUGCAAUAUUAGUUGAGGAAAUCAAUUUAAUUAAUGAAUGA